CAUUAGGAUAUCUCCCUCCUCAGAGCCUCCAGUGACCCGAGAAGCACCAUGACUUGUGGAUCUUACUGUGCUGGCGGGGCCUUCAGCUGUGCCUCAGCCUGUGGGCCCAGGCCAGGCCGCUGCUGCAUCACGGCAGCCCCCUACAGCGGCCUCUCCUGCUACCGCGGCAUCACCGGGGCCUUCGGCAGCCGCAGUGUCUGCGGGGCCUUCCGCUCUGGCUCCUGUGGCCGCAGCUUCGGAUACCGCUCCGGUGGCGUGUCUGGACCCACCCCGCCCUGCAUCACCUCCGUGUCCGUCAACGAGAGCCUGCUCACGCCCCUCAACCUGGAGAUCGACCCCAAUGCGCAGUGCGUGAAGCAGGAGGAGAAGGAGCAGAUCAAGUGCCUCAACAGCAGGUUUGCUGCCUUCAUCGACAAGGUGCGCUUCCUGGAGCAGCAGAACAAGCUGCUGGAGACCAAGUGGCAGUUCUACCAGAACCGCCAGUGCUGCGAGAGUAACCUGGAGCCGCUGUUCAAUGGCUACAUCGAGACACUGAGGCGGGAGGCCGAGUGUGCGGAGGCCGACAGCGGGAGGCUGGCCUCUGAGCUCAACCGCGUGCAGGAGGUGCUGGAGGGCUACAAGAAGAAGUAUGAGGAGGAGGUUUCUCUGAGAGCAACAGCUGAGAAUGAGUUUGUGGCUCUGAAGAAGGAUGUGGACUGUGCUUAUGUCCACAAGUCAGACCUGGAGGCCAAUGUGGAGGCCUUGACCCAGGAGAUCGACUUCCUGCGGCAGUUGUAUGAGGAGGAGAUCCGCGUUCUCCAGUCCCACAUCUCAGACACCUCAGUCAUCGUCAAGAUGGACAACAGCCGGGAUCUGAACAUGGACAGCAUCGUGGCUGAGAUAAAGGCUCAGUAUGAUGACAUCGCCAGUCGCAGCCGGGCUGAGGCUGAGUCCUGGUACCGCACCAAGUGCGAGGAGAUCAAGGCCACAGUGAUCCGGCAUGGGGAGACCCUGCGCCGCACCAAGGAGGAGAUCAAUGAGCUGAACCGCAUGAUCCAGAGGCUGACCGCGGAGGUCGAGAAUGCCAAGUGCCAGAACUCCAAGCUGGAGGCUGCAGUGACCCAGGCCGAGCAGCAGGGUGAGGCCGCCCUCAGCGAUGCCCGCUGCAAGCUGGCGGGGCUGGAGGCCGCCCUGCAGAAGGCCAAGCAGGACAUGGCCUGCCUGCUCAAGGAGUACCAGGAGGUGAUGAACUCCAAGCUGGGCCUGGACAUCGAGAUCGCCACCUACAGGCGCCUGCUGGAGGGCGAGGAGCAGAGGCUGUGUGAGGGCGUUGGCAGUGUGAAUGUCUGCGUCAGCAGCUCCCGCGGUGGCGUCGUCUGUGGCGAUCUCUGCGCCUCCGGUGCUACCCCUGCUGUCAGCACCAGAGUCUGCAGUGCCCCCUGCAGCGGCAACAUGGUGGUGGGCACUGCCGCCCCCUGUGCCCCCUGCACUGGUGUCAGUGCCUGCAGUGUGGGCUGUAAGAAGUGCUAGGAGGCUGCCACCCACGGCCCCCUCCACCCUGUCAGGACCUAGCCCAAAUGGAACGCCCUGCCCGCUGCCCCACAACCUACCUGCCAUGGCUCCCGGGAACCAGUUGCCAGAGGUGUACAGACUGCAUCAUGUCCUCCCUACCUGCUCCCUCUGUGUCAUCCCCUGGUGCCCUGAGCCCUGGCCGGGCUGGGGUGGCACCUUGGCCUUUUGCUGUCACUUUUCCUAGUAGUCCACUUGUUCUGAGGAUUCAUCCUUUCUUCUACCUUCUGUUUUUUGCUGGAUUCAUUGUUCCUGCCUGACCCCAACACCCAAGCCUGGAGGAACAGGGCAGGCCCCAUGAUCUCCCUAUCUGCACUUCCUGGGAACCUGCCAGGGUGCUGUACCUGUGGAACGGAGGCCAGGAACAUUGAUGGUGGUUUUCCUGGAGCUCUGUGAGAGAAAUGACCCAUGGUAGGGAGAGCAUCUCCUCCCAGGGCUGCCUGCAGAAGCUUCUAAAAAGCCAAUAACUCAACCGCUUGCACAUUUGUUUGCCUUUGUUUUUCUGUUUCCAAUAAACUAAU